GUGCUGCCAGCCCUGGAGCUUGCUGGCUUACGGCAGGUAGGCACGGGGUAGGUAAGAGGAUUAGAGCCGCUUUGCCCAGCGCCCGAAGGACACAGCUGUGGAAGAGAUCGCCCAGGUCAUGAUUCCGGCAUCCCUCUCACCCGUGAAUCUCUCUGUGGCAUCGCUUCGGGGCUGAGGGAUGUGAUGGUGACAGAGCUCGGCAGCUCCUCUGCCAGGAUUGCUGCACAGGGGUCUGCGGAGAAGCUCACCUGGGUUGAGGCUGUGGGGUGGGACAAGUCCUGCCUUCCCCAGAUCCUAUCGGGAUGUCCUGUCAGGACAUGCAGGCUGUGUCCAGUUAAAUUCCCAGGAGGGGAAGAGGUUUUGAGAAAGGCCACUGGGCUCUGCUGUGGUCCCUCAGGGAAGGAAGGGUGAGGUCCUGCCUCUGAGCAAUAUAAAGAUGCUGGGUGCUGAUGUCCCAGGGUGAUGAUGGGGUUGCUUGGGAUCUUAGCUUUUCCCUACAGCAGCAUGCUUGUGCCAGACCUUUGAUUCAGAGCCCUUGAGCUAGAAAGGUUGCAGGAAUUAUGAGUUAACCUUCCCUUUUGCUUUUUUUUUUCCUUUUUAAACAGAGCUUCUUGUGAAAGUAGCCUUAAGGAUGUUCUGAUCAGCAUUCACACAAUCCUUAUGCCAUAGCAAUGUACACAUGUAUGGUUAAUUAUGGAUAGCAACUCAAUAUGGAGGAGGGCAGUGUGUGAAAGGUAUAUCCUGGCACACUGACUGCCUGUUGUGUCUUGCUCAAAUAGAUGACACUGUCCAAAAGAAAGGGACUCGAUUAUUAAAAGUCAAAUUAUUUUCUUCUGGUUCUUCAUGCUCAGUGGUCAGCAUUUUCUGAGCCUGAGUGCUGAAAGUCAGUGCAGUUGUUUCAUUUCCCCUUUUAAGAUUCUUUGUGCUGCAGUGUUUGCUUUUCAGAUGCAGAGCAGGGAUGUGUGCUUGUAUGAACACUAACACAGUCAAUUGUUUUUCCUUGGAAGAAAUGUCAUGUCGAUGGUUUCCUCUCCUCCCCCAGCCAUUUCCGGGCAGCCUGACAUUGGAAGAUUGUGGUUUGGCCCAACAGAGACACUUUAGGGUCCUGAUCCUGCAGUCCAAGCUGAAACAAUGAGCUGUAAUUGCAGGUUAAGUGGAAGCAAAGGAACGGAGAAAAGUCAGUAAGAAACGAGAGAGAAGAUUCAAAGCAAUAUGUUGGAAAGGAUGCACUGGGACAGGGGGUGGCUGGCAGGUGCAGUUGAAGGCUUGGGCCAGGACUCUGUGAGUGCACGCUCCUCUGGGUCACUGAUUUCUCUCAGUGAGCAACUCACUGGCCCUGUUGUCUAAAGUGGGAAUAAUGGUGGGUUUUUGCUGUCUCAAGAAGACUUGCAAAGGUCUCUAGGUGCCUGGCUCCCCUCACCUUGGGUCCCUGCAGGUUGCAGAAGCAGUCACCUGAGGUUCAGGGAUGAAGGCAGGGUGAGAGUGAAAAGGAAGCAAAACACAUUGUGGACAGGUGGGGAGAGAAAGGUGGAGCGAAGGGGAGGAGAGGAAAAGAAGAGUGAUGAAGCUUCAAAAACCAUGAAAGGAAGUGUUAAAAGGGCUAUAGAUUAUUAUACCUUGUGUGGGGUAUAAUGCAAAUAUUUUAUGCUGAGGUUACCUCUGGACAGUCAUGCCUGCAAGUGAGAGGCACCUACAAGAGCAGCAGUCUCCCUGUACGAGUGCUGUUUGCUCAGCUAAGAAGUGUUUGCCAUGGGCAGGCAUGCAGACCUGGCUCCCUCUGGGAGAGCUGCUCCUGUGUGCAGGACAGGAGGGAAGCCCUCCCUCCACCCUGCCCACUGCACACAGGAGCAGAGGCCUCCUCCCCAGCACCCGGAGCUGCUGAGCUGUGCUCAGCUGUACCUGUGGAACUGGUGGCAUAUUGGGCAGGUCUGGUGGGAGGGGAGGCCGAGGUGCUCCCUGGUGCCAUUAGGAGAGGUCUGGGCUGCCUCUCCCGUGGGUAGCAGAGGGAAGGAAGCAAAAGCAUGGAUGAUGUGCUGCAGUGGUGGGGGGAGUGCCCAGCAGCCUCCCCUCGAUUUCCUAAUCUCGGGCAGAUCCAGGUAAUUAGGGACCUGUCUGAUUUCCUGCUUCCCAUGAGGAGCCGCUGGGAUUACUAGUGGUGACUGCCUGAGCCAGAAGAGCCAGUGGCCCUUCAGUUUUGGCACCACAGGACUGCAAGAGAGGCCUCUGCCUGGCCAAGCCACUGAGGAUGGCCACAGCUUUGUCAGGGAGAGCCUCCCCAGUGUGGUCUUGGCCCAGCUGAACGCUCUUAGAGGUGGUUUAUUGUGGUCUCCUGUGCCACGGAAAAGUCUGGCUCUGAAUAUAUUUCAACAGACAUGAAAAGUUUUAAGCCCUCUGGAUGCGAUGGAGAGGCUGGUCACGCAGGCUUGCAAGCUUGGCCACCGUUUAGCAGGUAGAAGCUGUUCCCUGGUCCCCUCUGUCAGUUGUGUUUGCAGCAGGUUUGCAUGAAGUGAAAGGCUGUAUGGCACCUUCCUCCUAUAGCUCAUCUGAGCACCCUACAAACAGCAAUUUAUGGUUGCAGCAGCUUGGGACACUGGUAAGCAAAUGUUACUAAUUCCUACAAAUGAGGAAUGCUGGCGAGGCAGUGGUGAACACCACAAAAAUGCCUAUGUAUGAUUGCUUACCUUGUACUUGUCUCAGGGCAAAUGAUUUCCACAGGUCUAAACAGAGUCAAAAGACUGACGUGGUUUGUACCCAUGACAGUCUCUAUGCCAGAGAGGGCUACUUUAGAGUAAUGACAAAAGCCAGGUCAUGGGUACUGCGCAUCCAUUCCUUGUAACUCAGCCUCUGGCCCAUCAUCUCAUGGCUGCUUCUCAGAGGCUUUGGUGGUUAAUACAAAGAGAAGAGGACCUCUUUUUGUGGAGGAGGCAUGAGUUCUCAGGCUGAAGAGGCUGGUGAGGGAAAACUGUCCUGAGAAAGCUUGGUGUGUUAUGCCACACUCCCUAAAAGCUCACAGGCCUUGGGUGUUUUCCCCAUGACAAGUGCAGACCAACUGGCAUUUACCGAAGGAAAUGCUGCUUUGGGGACAGUGAACAUCUCUUCAAAAGUGUAGAGCUGCAAACUGCAGUGGAGAAAGGAGCUUGUGCUUCCAAAAGGUGAACAGAAGAAGAGUACAAGGGACAAGAGAGGUGGAAGACAAAGUAAACAGCUGGGAAAAGCCCUCUUUACACUCCUUGGGAAGCUGUGUAGCUUGAGUGUAUGUCUUAUGUUUGUUGGGGAAAAAAACAGUGGCAGGGUAGAAAAGGCAGAGAAACCUGGAUCUGUUUUGGGCUUCCAGGGCCUGUACUCUCUCAUCUGUAAACUGGAAAAGGAGACAAUAUGAUCAGGAAUAACGUUCUGCGAAGUCUGUUCCCCUGGGCUUGGUGUGUCUUUCCUUACCUUCGAAGCUAUCUGUAAGUCAACAUGACAUAUCUGUCUCUUUCUGUGCCAGGUUUCACCUCCCCGUUGAGUGUUCUUUGCCACUCCCAACACUUACAUUUUUUCCCUGAUAAUGGGACAAACCUUUUGGGCAGGCUUCCUACCCCCUUCUGGUGUAAUGUGUGUCUUGGCUUUGCUUGCUUGGGCAGAUUAGAAACGCUUUAAGGCAUUUGUGGUUUUUGGAGCUCGGGAGCAAAUAAGACACCUCUAUCAAUCUAUUAAUACACUGACAAGAUCUCUGUACUUUAGGGGACAAGAAACACUCAUUCUGCUUGUUGCUACUUCAGACAAUGGUCAUUAGAUGGGGGUGGUUGAGGUUGAGGGUGAUCACUGGACAGACUGCACAGUGCCUUUGACUUCGUGGGCUUUGCCAUAACAUCAGCCUGCAUUUGUGUGUUACUUGCAGAGCAGUGAGACAGUUUCAGAGACUCUUUCUUCACUGCAUAGCUGAAGCAGGGAGAGCUUUACUGUCUUUAAUUUUUUGAGGAGAUUAAUUAUCCUCCUCAUUUUCCGUCAACUCUUCACUUUGGGAUUUGGCUGGGACUUUGGGGUAAGUGCUCUUCUCAUAAACAUCCCAAACAAAAGGAUUGGGCAAGGGAAAAAUAUGCCCUUGUGGUGGCAGUGGUGAGAGACUAUGGGGUUUGGUCUGUGUUGAGACUGCUAGAGACUUCCUUUGCGUCUCAGAAGUCUGGUGAAAGCGGACCAGUCUUGAGCAUCUCUGUAUUGGGGAAACUUUCCUGUCUGACCAUCCAGGAGCCACUCUGGCAGUCACACUCCCACCACCUGAGACUUUCAGUGCUGGGAACGAAGCCCCUUCACAAUGGGCAGUUCCAGUGACCCAGUGGUGUCUCGCUUGACUCCCUACACACUCCACACUCAGACAGUCUGACAGGUUUUCCUCACUGCCUGGACCCCAAGUUUCCUAUAGCGUAGUCCCAGAUCUCUGGAUCCUUUAAAGAAUGGAAUCAUUCUGCAGUAAUAGCUGGACAGAAACAGCUCGAAUUGGUGCCUCCGGGGAGGGACCCCUUGUGCUUUUAUAUCCUCACAAUCUGUGAGCCUGUUCCAAUUGUGAUAUUUAGUCUGGGGUCUUCUCACUGUUUAUUUGGAACCUACAGAGUCUCUGGCUGACCGGCCAUCCCUGGCCAGCACCACAGGUCCCAGUGCCCUUUGUCAGGCAAAGGGUUGGUGCCAGGUCACAGCCCCUUUGCCUGGGGCUCCAGCCAUUCCCCCCACCCAGGGCACAACCUGCAGUUCAUGCUGCAGCUGCACACUGAGCUACUGGCACUGUGUAUAUUCCUCAAUAUCUGCCCUUGGAGAGGUGGAACGUGACCUUGAAGCGGGGUGAGCCUGGUCUGUACAACGCCAGAUGCGAGAGGGGCAGAGCCAGCCCAGAAGAGUCCACAGUCGAUGUCUCUGCCUGUAACACAGCAGUUCAGCACUGGUUGCUAAAUGGCCUCAGGUAUGGAUGGGAAGAAAUGCAGCGUGUGGAUGUUUUUACCUCUUGUCUUUACCCUGUUUACAUCAGCUGGAUUAUGGAUAGUGUACUUUAUAGCAGUGGAAGAUAAUAAAAUUCUCCCACUAAAUGUACCAGACAGGAAACCUGGUCCCAAAAGACCACCUUAUAUAAGUAUUGCAGGUGAUGCACCUCCUGCAAGCUGUGUGUUUAGUCAAGUCAUGAACAUGGCGGCAUUUCUAGCGCUUGUUGUGGCUGUCCUGCGCUUCAUUCAGCUGAAGCCAAAGGUGCUAAACCCUUGGCUGAACGUCAGCGGCUUGGUGGCAUUGUGCUUGGCCUCUUUUGGGAUGACCCUACUCGGCAACUUUCAGCUUUCCAACGAUGAGGAGAUCCACAAUGUGGGCACAUCGCUGACCUUUGGCUUUGGAACCUUGGCAUGCUGGAUCCAGUCUGCCCUUACCCUCAAGAUCAACCUGAAGAAUGAGGGGCGGAAAGCCGGGAUUCCACGAGUUGCUCUCUCAGCCAGCAUCACCCUCUGCGUGGUGCUCUAUUUCAUCCUCAUGGCACAGGGCAUUCACAUGCACGCUUCCAGGAUCCAGUGGGGCCUGGUGAUGUGCUUCCUGUGCUACUUCGGCACCUUUGCAGUGGAGUUCAGGCAUUACAGAUUUGAGAUCAUUUGCUCUGAAUACCAGGAAAACUUUCUGAGCUUUUCCGAAAGCUUAUCAGAAGCCUCCGAGUACCAAACAGAUCAGGUGUAGCCUGUCCUCUGGCAGGGGGGAGGGGGGCAGGUGUGAUCUCAUGGGUUAAACAUAACCUCAUUUACACUUUUUUUAUGAGUUUGUUUUCAUGUGCAAUCAUGAUCGUAUUGCCAAAGGGCUCUGAGGGGUGGCUGUCUCACUAAGAGCCAAACAAAAAUAGGUAUUCACUGGAAGAGGAGCGGAUCCUUCUCAGUGGCAGCAUGAGAAAGCACAAGCUGUUUAGUUUAUGUUACCGAGGACUGAGUGGCUCUGUCACACCUCUGCUGUUCAAAAUGUUCCACAGCCAGUCCUUGCAAUGCCUCUCUGAGACAGGUCCUUCUGAGCCUACUCUGCAGAGAAGGUGAAGGAAGCAGAAUUCUUUGGGCACCAAGAGUCUUCAGGAGUCUUCCUGAGUCACCAGACUGCAUCUUUUAUGUCUUUCCUGAGUAAUUUUCUUUGCUGCCAACUGGGGUAACUUGGAAGGGUGAGAAAGAGCAUCUGUUUCUUCAGAAUUUGGAAUCAGACCGUGGAAGACCCCAACUGGCUUUUCUGGCAAGGAGGCAGGCAUUUCUGUGGGCCUGGAAAGCAGCUGAUGGCAAAUCUGGGUUUGGAAGAAACUCUGCUGUGAUCAGGAAGCAAGACUUGGCCAAUGCUGCCUCGUAGCUGGGCAGAUCAUCCCCAGGCCAGAGGAGAUGACACAGUGGGGUGCUGUGCUUGGCUUCAUGGCUCGGACUCAACAGUGGGGACUGGGGGAAGUGAGGUGCUGAAUUAAGAUGAGAAUGUCCGUGUGCUCUGAAGAUGACCCAGAAAAGGCUGCUUUUUCUAAGUGUGUAGUGCUUCCACCACACAUUGUGUAUAGUAUUUCAAAACCUUUGCCUUUUUUUUUUUUUUGUUCACUGAGGGGGAAAAUAUUGUGUUAGAGAUGCUGGGCUUGUCUGCAAUGAGAACAGUACGACUGCAGGUGGUUCUGGACACAAGGUUUGGUUUUGCUCCUUGUGCACUUACAAGCCAAACUUCAGACAUGCUGACAGUAGGCCUGGGUUCUGGACCCCUCAGCGUGAUCAGUUGUCCUGAGUGGAGUCUGCCACAGGUUUACAUGGGCUUCCAAGGUGCAGGGAGGCAGUUCUGCCCCUGAGGUUGGGUGUCGUGGUCUCAGGGCUGGAGGUGAAAAAAGGGAACAGCAAAACCAGACAGGGUUCUCCCUUCCUAAAGGAAGGUUUUCAAACAGAAGGUCUGUUUUCAAAGAAAAAGCAAGAGCUCAAAGCUCAUUUGAAAACCUCAUUUUGGGAAGGCUGCUGUAUUGGCUGGGAAGGGGAGUGAUGGGACUUGCUUCUCAUGAACAUGGCUCCUAUUUUCUUCCCCAAAUCUGACUCAGUUUAAGCUGGCAUCUUGUCUGAGCUGCAGGAAAAUAAGCAGAAAUUAAUAUGGUAGGAAAAGGCCUUUGAAGGGGAACUGUACUGCUCUGUGGCAUUUCUGACAAGACAGGAAAAGGUACAAGGGCAGUCUUCUGCAAAGGUCAGAGGCCUCUCCU